AUGGCUGCUACUGCUGCACUAGUCUUUGCAGGGAAGUCGGUUGCAACCCCAGCCAUCUCAUUCAUCCUGAACAAGGCAUUCGGUUAUCUCAGUGAGUGGUACAAGCCUAACGAUCUAGAGGAGCUCAAGAAUAAUCUGUCAGAAAAGCUCACGGACAUCCAAGCGGUGUACGAUGUUGUUGAUCAUCAGGAGAUCAGUGAGGAGAGCAAUGGACUAGCUGAGUGGCUCUGGCGAUUCCGCGAUGCAGUCGAGGAAGCUGAGGAUGCACUUGAUGAGAUGGACUACCACAAGCUUAAAGAAGAGGCAGAAGCCCACAGCCUAGGACAGGUGCGUAAUCCGUUCACAAAGUUUUUCAAAGAACAGAUUGUUGGCAAGGCUGCAAGGAUGACUCCUGAGGGAAACAUGGUAGAGAAGCUGAGGGAGGCCAUAGAGAAGUUAGAAACUGUUGCUAAAGAUGUGGGUGGUUUCCUUCAGCUUUUAUGCCGUGUUGAUAAUCUUGUCCUGCAAGAUCGCGCUGAAAGAAGUGUAUACCAGACUAGCUCCACUUUGGUGCCUAUUGAGAUAUUUGGUCGUGACAGUGAGAAGAACCAGGUGAUAAGGUGGUUGACUGAUAAUGUAUAUGAUGAUCCAGAUACUGUUAUUCAGGUACCGGUUUUUGCAAUAAUCAGAAUUGGAGAAAGACAACCCUUGCUCAGAUUGUGUGCGAAGAAUUGA